CUCCUCCUCAUUCCCUCACACACACUUGCAAAUAUAUUUUUCGCUUCUCAGCAAGCAAUCACUACCCAAAAGCCAAAUCUUAAUUUUAUUCUUUCUGUUCCCUUCUACUAGUUCAAAACAUCAAACAUCUUAUUAGCAUUAUUCUCUCGUACUAUACGAAAAAUCAUUAACAAGAAAAUGGGACUUUCAAUUGAGCAGAGUCGUCUUCUUCUUUCCAAGAUUGCAAACAGCGAUCGACACGGCGAGAAUUCGCCCUAUUUUGAUGGAUGGAAGGCUUAUGACAGAGACCCUUUUCAUGCAAUUAAGAAUCCUGGUGGUGUUAUCCAGAUGGGUCUUGCUGAAAACCAGCUUUCUUUCGACUUGAUUGACGAAUGGAUUAGGAGAAAUCCUAAAGCAUCCAUUUGCACUCCUGAAGGAGUAAAUGAGUUCAAGAACGUUGCUAUCUUUCAAGAUUAUCAUGGCUUUUCCGAGUUCCGAAAGGCAAUUGCUAAGUUCAUGUCUCGGGUGAGAGGAGGAAGAGUCACAUUCGAUCCAGAACGGAUAGUGAUGGGUGGUGGAGCUACCGGAGCAAACGAGCUCAUCACCUUUUGCUUGGCUGACCCCGGCGAUGCCUUCCUCGUUCCCUCACCCUGUUAUCCUGCAUUUGGAAGAGACUUGGGAUGGAGAACUGGAGUUCAAGUGCUUCCAUUUCAUUGUCAUAGCUCAAAUGGUUUCCAAAUAACCAAACAAGCAUUGGAAGCAGCAUAUAAUAAAGCCCAAGAAGAGAACAUCAAUGUCAAAGGAUUGAUCAUCACAAACCCUUCAAACCCUCUUGGCACCACCAUUGAUAGGGACACUCUCAUCAGCUUGGUGAGCUUUGUGAAUGAGAAGAACAUCCACUUGGUUUGUGAUGAAAUAUAUGCAGCCACUGUCUUCAGCUCUCCUAACUUCGUCAGCGUCUCCGAGAUUAUACAAGACAUGGAAUGCAAUCGGGAUCUCAUUCAUAUCGUUUAUAGUUUGUCCAAAGACAUGGGGCUCCCUGGUUUUAGAGUGGGGAUAGUUUAUUCAUACAAUGAUUUGGUUGUCCAAUGUGCUCGAAAGAUGUCGAGUUUCGGGCUUGUUUCUUCGCAAACUCAACACUUGCUCGCGUCCAUGCUUUCGGACGAUGAAUUCGUUGACAACUUCCUUGCUGAGAGCUCAAAAAGGUUGGGGAAAAGGUACAAUAUCUUCACAAAGGGACUUGAGCAAGUGGGGAUAGCUUGCUUGAAAAGCAAUGCUGGGCUCUUCUUCUGGAUGGAUUUGAGGAGCCUAAUGAAAGAACAAACAUUUGAAGGAGAAAUGGUGCUAUGGAGGUUGAUCAUCAAUGAAGUGAAGCUGAAUGUGUCUCCUGGAUCUUCUUUCCAUUGCUCGGAGCCAGGUUGGUUUAGAGUUUGCUUUGCGAAUAUGGACGAUGAGACUGUCGAGGUUGCACUCAAAAGGAUUCGAGCAUUUGUUUGUCAAGGAAAAGAAGGAGAACAACAACAGCAGCAGCAGCAGCAGCCGCAACAAGAAGCAGUGAAAAGUAGCAGCAAAAGAUCAUGGAAGAACAACCUUAAGGUGAGCUUUUCAUCAAGGAGAUAUGAAGAGGGUGUUAUGUCUCCACAUAUGAUGUCUCCCCAUUCACCAGUACCUCACUCUCCUCUUGUUAGAGCAAGGACUUAAUUCACUACUUAAUUACCCGCUAAUAAAAAUAAUAUCAUACAUAUGUAUGUUUACGUAUGUAUGAUGAAUAGAAUUAGUCUAUAAGGUAUCCAAUAGAAGAAAAAGGAACAGGAAAAAAGUCUGUACGAUCCAUAUAGAUUUCUUUUCCCUAUCUAGCUUUCUCUUGACUCAUUAGCGAUAGUUGCCAAUUUAUUUCCUAUUUUUGUGGGUUACCUAAGAAUUCCUUUUUUUUCUUCUUCUUCUUUUUUGUUGGAAUAUUUGUAACCUAGUCUUUUUGUGAUUCAUAUCUUAUAUGUUGUCCAUAUAGGCCGGGCAACUAACCCUAGGGUUAUAUAUCUUCCUUAUAUGUAAUAGCAUGAUUGAAAUAAAACUGAUGUAAUGAUUUGUGUUAUUAUAUAUAAUGAAAUCAAAAUAUCUGGCUUUAAACUUA